UCACUUUCGUCUGCGGUUACCCCCAAACAAUCACGCGUCCAAUCGUAUCGCGUAUGUUCGCAGCUCCCCAAAUCGGCCCGGCUCAACCAGUCUCAAGUCGGAAUCCAUAAGAUAAAGCUGUGACGACGGCAGCGGCGGCAACGCGAGCGAUUCGGAUUUCACCAGGCAUCCAAUCAGUGAAGGCAGCAGCAUCAGUGUCAGUGGCUGAAUACCAGUUCCUCGGAGGAGGGAUUAAAAUUACGUAAAAAACAAACGAUUGGACAUAACAUUUGGAGCAUCGCACGCACUCUUAACGGUCUUGGAACACUACAGACUGCCAUGACGCGGAUCCGUUCCAUUUGUUUUGCUGUUCUUCUGUUGGUGUGUGUUCUCCUUGCUCCAACUGCCGAUUCGACGCUGCAACCGAAAGCACCCAAUUUCCAGUACUUUGAGAGGCCUAAGUAUCGAUAUCCAUACUACGACGAGAAUGGCAAAGGCAAGCUUCUCUACGGUUACGGAGGACCAGAAUUAUACCAGUACAAGAGCUAUUCACCUUUGGACGGGAUUCAUUAGAUAAAUGAAUGUAUCAAAUGUAUUGUUAAUAUGUAAUUGGUUACCUUUAAUAAUUUUGUACAUACGAAUGAAGUCUACUGUAGGAUGUUAAAUUAAGCAAUCAAUGAUCCAACCGAUCAUUACUCACUGGCCGGAGCGCAGCAAUCCCGAAUGAUUUUAAAUCAAUUGCAUGUUUCAUUGUGAGACAAGUGUACUUAUUUAGUGGAAUUGAAAUAAAACAUUGUAUUUGGAA